AUGUCCGCAACCUCUGAUCUUAUCUUAUCUUAUCUGCACGAGCACUUCCAUACGUGUACCGUAUGGUUGAAUUAUCGAGUGCAAGUUUCGGCGCCAUGCAGUUUCGAACUGUCACGGUUCCCUAUAGACGCCCAGGAAUGCACACUCGUGUUCGAGUCCUACUCGUAUAAUAUAGCAGAGGUACGAUUGAACUGGCAAGAAUGGGCGCCCGUGACCAUGCCACCAUCGGAAGAUUUUCGUUUACCGGAUUUUCAGUUCUACAAUGUCACAUGGGGUAAAGUCGUCAACGAGUACACAGCUGGAAUGUGGGAUCAAUUAAAGGUCACAUUUAGGUUCAAACGGCUGUACGGCUACUACGUGCUACAGAUGUAUUUGCCGACAUACUUGUCGGUAUUCAUCUCAUGGAUCGCUUUUUGGAUUGAUACCCGAGCAUUACCGGCUCGAAUCACUCUUGGUGUCUCAUCACUUAUGGCUCUUACCUUCCAGUUCGGAAACAUUGUCAAAAACCUCCCACGUGUCUCUUUUGUAAAGGCUAUUGAUUUAUGGUUUUUCGUGUGCGUUGCGUUCAUUUUUUUCUCGUUAGUUGAACUGGCCGUUGUGGGAUUUGUCGAUAAAAUGUCAGAAAUCAAAAGGAGAUCUAAGAGGCUCCGAUACCAACGAUCUCAGAAUCUUUUGAAAAGGCAAAAAUCAGGUGGAUCGAUGAGAGGUGUACGGUAUCCCGUUAAUAACAACGGAGAUGAGGCUUGGUAUCACAUGAACGGAGGUGGAAGUUGCUACGUGAACGGCAUGUCGGAUUAUCAGAAUGGUUAUCCUUCAUAUACGGACAUAGACAUGGGCGCUAGAGUGGAUGCCAUUGCCGCCAAAGCGUUCCCAGCUAUGUUCGCUGCUUUCAAUGGUGAGUGGUGA